CCAGUCAGAGAGGUAGACUUUCUUCGACAGCGUAACCAGCACUCAGCAGUGUCGGUUUAACCCGUUUCCGCUUGGUUUUCGGUGUUUCCUCGUGGUCUCUUUGAUGGGAACUGUAGACUGUGUUUUAAGCUGACGUGAGACUCAACUGUCGCUUUUCUAAUCGUUUUAACCUCGCAGAGGGACGGGAGCAGACUGCUGCCAAGUCCAGGACACGGUGCGGUGAGCUGCUCCACGUCCGUCCUGUGUUCCUAAGUGUUUACACAGCUGCAUGGAGAACAGGAUCUGAUAGUGACCCACCCAGCACGACAGUUAAGGAGUGUCCCUGGUUGAUGGAUGGUGGUGGUGGGCUGGGUCUUUAUGUGGAGUGGAGUUCAGCCUGGGUGGACCGCAGAGAGAAACUGACAUUUGCCACAUGUUUCCUCGACAGCUCAACACCAUGGCUGCCGCUCUCCCUGCGCUCCUGUUUUUCCUUCACAUCUCCUCCUCUUCAGCCCUGAACUCAUCCUCGCAGGAAGUCGUCCCUCAGAGAUCCCCACACCUCGCCGGCUGCUUCUCCACCAACAUGGAGACUUUCCGCUGCAGAUGGAAUGUGGGAACGUUUCGCAACGUCUCCAAACCGGGAGAUCUACGGUUACUCUACAUUAACAAAAAACCUCCCCUUGCAUCUCCUAAAGAGUGGAGUGAAUGCCCUCAUUACACCACUGACAGGCCCAACGAGUGCUUCUUCAAUGAGAACCACACAUCCAUCUGGACUUACUACAGUGUCCAGCUCCGCUCCAAGGAUGAGGCAGUCCUCUAUGAUGAAGAUUUCUUCCACGUUCAAGACAUUGUGAAACCAGAUCCUCCAGAGAGCCUGAACUGGACCCUCCUGAAUGUGAGUUCGACCAGCAUGUACUACGACAUCAUCUUGAGCUGGAGGCCUCCUCAGUCUGCAGAUGUGGAGUCAGGAUGGAUGACCCUGGAGUAUGAGGUCCAUUAUCGGGACGUCAGCUCUGACAAGUGGGAAAAGGUUGAGUCUGUGAAGGGCACGCAUUGCUCCAUUUAUGGACUUGAAUCAAACGUCAACCAUGAGGUUCGGGUUCGGUGCAGAAUGCUGGGGUGGAGACGGUUUGGAGAGUUUAGUGACUCUGUGUUCGUCCACAUCCCGUCUAAAGCGUCCAGAUUCCCCGUGGUGGCCUUGCUCAUCUUUGGAGCCUUGUGUCUAGUAGCGAUCCUGAUGUUAGUCAUCAUAUUGCAGCAGGAAAAGUUGAUGGUUAUCCUUUUGCCUCCUGUUCCUGGGCCUAAAAUAAGAGGAAUUGACCCUGAGCUACUCAAGAAAGGGAAACUGAGGGAGUUGACAUCCAUCCUGGGCGGCCCUCCUGAUCUAAGACCAGAGCUGUACAAUAAUGACCCCUGGGUGGAAUUCAUCGAUCUGGACAUCGAGGAGCAAACGGACAGGCUGACAGACCUGGACACUGACUGUCUCAUGCAGCCCUCCUUGUCCUCAAACAGCACUCCUCUCACCAUAGGCUUCAGAGAUGAUGACUCAGGCCGGGCCAGCUGCUGUGACCCAGAUCUCCCCAGCGACCCUGAGGCUUCCCCUUUCCAUCCUCUCAUCCCAAAUCAAAACCUCAACAAGGAAGAGCUACUUCAGAACAUCUUAGAGCCAAGCUCUUCGGUCCAGGGCCCCACGACUGAGGAGCCUUUGUUUGAAGCAGCGGGCAGAGAGGCGAUGUACACCCAGGUGAGUGAGGUGAGAUCAUCUGGCAAGGUUCUUCUGUCACCGGAGGAGCCAGUUGAGGUGGACAAAACCAUGUGCAAAGACAUAGAGAAAGAGGAGAAAGUGGAGAAAGAGAAAGAGUUUCAGCUCAUUGUGGUGGAUCCAGACCAUGGAGGUUACACCUCAGAUCUCAACAAAGGUAAAACAAGCCCAGGAUCUUCAUUAGGAGAUGAUAGAGAACCCUGCGAACCAGAAAGAGACUUAUCAUCUCCAUCUCCCUAUCAUGAAACAGACACCACCCCUGCGUCCACUCUUGCCCCUGCACCUGUCUACACUGUGGUGGAGCGUGUUGAUAUGCAGAACAGCCUCUUACUGACACCCAAUUCAACACCAGCCCCCCAGCUGAUAAUCCCAAAGACCAUGCCGACACCAGAUGGCUACCUGACCCCGGAGCUUUUGGGAAGCAUCACACCAUAAAUCAGUAGGGAACUCUGCAAAGUUCUGUUCACUCAGAGGCAGAGAUAAGCCAGGGAACAGCCUCGGGGACUGAAUAUUCUCAACGACAGUGCUCCUAAAAUAGUUUAGGACUAUAUGUGCCUGUCCUGCCUCCACCUCUACCUCCGCUGGCCUCCUGUUGCUUCCUCUGGUACGACCAUAAAGCUGACACUGCUGUAAGUUUGGUAUGAGGGAAGAAGAGGACACGGGAAUGUGUUUUACUGCAGUUGUGAAAAGAGAACAAUUCAAAGGGAAUAAACACUUGCAAGGAAUGGAACCCUGCUGAACCCUUAAACCAGGAUUUAUGAUGUUUGAUAUCAAGUGAUUGUUUGCCUAAAGUUGCAAUGAACUUUUUAAGCCACAUAAUCACCCAAAAAAAAUUCCUGCAAACAACCUGCCUGCAUACUAAUACUACAGUUUUUUGCUGGCUUGGCAGUGGUGUCCAACUUGCACAUCAGAUCCUUAAUGCUGGGUGUGAAGGCAACUGAACGCAUACUGACAAAGAUCUGAUUUUCGAUAGCUUAGACUGCAUGCAGAGGUAGUCUAGAUUGCCUUCAUCUGGCUUGGUAUAAUGUUCUUGCAUAUUAAAGACUGCUAUGUCAACAGACUUAAUCUGUGGUAGUCCCCCUGUAAGCAAAAAAAGAAACAUAUCUUACUUCGUCUAGUCGUGCUGGUCACUUAAUGACUUGAAUAAUGUUUUCAUUUCAACCUAACCAGUACCACAAAAGGUUAAAUAGUAUAUAACCAUUUCCGGUCAAAGCAUAUUUAUGACUAAAUGAGGAAGAAAAGCUGUCAAAAAGGCUCCACUAACCUCGUAGCUCCGGGUUAUGUAUCCCAGCAUGCUCUUUGGUAGCCAGCUAAAAGGUCAAAGUGAUAUUUCAGUGUUUUUGACGUUGAGUCGUAUGAGGUACGUAGCAGUAGUAGUGGCAUUAGCAUAACAGAUGGGUACACAGUUUCCCAGCAGAAUUUUGUGAGUUUUUAGUAAAAAUGGGCCACAAAACAAUGCAAACUUUCAAAAUGUUUUGAAACAUUCAUUUUAUACCCAGAAAGCCUCUGUGUUUUUGUCACUAUUUUACAAUGCAAGAGCAUGCAACUGGUAGCCAAAGCCUGCAUUGCAAAAUAAUGACAUAAACACAGGGUUUUAAUUGGUAAAAAAUAAAAUGCUUCAAACAUUUUUGACAUUGUGUACGUUUGAACCAACAUUAUUUUGUGGCCCAUUUUUGCCGUCUAGAUUCUAUGAAGAAACGGUACCCAUCUGUUACGCUAAUGCCUCUACUUCUGCUAUGUACCUCAUAAGACUCAGCUUCAAAAACACUGAAAUAUUACUUAAAUGUCUUAGCUGGCCACCAAAGAGCAUGCUGGGAUACUUAACCCUGAGCUAAGAGGUUAGUGGAGCCCUUUGAACAACCAGCAAGUCCUUCUUGAAAGAUCACUGGAGGCUAAAACCACUAGUACUGCUGGGUACCUCACACGAUCCAACUUCAAAAAUAUUGAAAUAUCCCUUUAAAUUAGGGUCCAUUUGUUGUUAUAUUUUUUAUCAGUUAAGGCCCAAAAUUCUGGUCAAAUGGGAUGUCUAAAAUGUAACAACUGCUUGCCUCAUGGUAGCAAACAAAUCUACAAAAGAACGGACAGUUUGCAAGUAUGCAUUUUUGAUGUGUUUGGGGCAAAAGUGUUAUAGUUUGGAAAGAAUUGAGGCAAAUUAGUGUCCAGCUUGGGUGCAGUUUGCUGUAAAGUGAGUAGUUAUUUCAGUCUAAUCAGUACUCCAUAAGGUUUAUUUCCUAAAUAUCUACCAUCCUUUGCUUUAAAAGCAUCUUUAUGAUAAAAUGGGGGAGAAAAUCUGUUAAAAGGCAUUGCUAGGAAACAAAUGACCAGCAUAACUAAGUCAUGGUAAGCUUGAGAGCCUGAAAUCAGGGCAGUAAAGUCCUUACCACAGAUAUUUUUGGAACUCAUUACACAUUUGCAGAUUUUUGAUUGCAGAAGUGUUGUCGAAAUUAUGUGUAAACAGCAAACAUGUAUGAACUGUUAUUUGCGUAAAAGCAGGCAAAUGAGGUCUGAUCACAGAUCAUCACUGAACACAAGGGCUAAAGUGCAGUCAAUUUGGCAUCCAGUUACCCUGAAUGGAUAAUACAAAAUUUAAAAAGGGUCAUAAAGGAUUCCUUGAACCCUAUCAGAGUCUUCAGCUGCUAAAUUUCCCCCCUUUCUUUGCAAGCCAUUUAGAGUAAAAGUAUCUGCAUAUGAGCUAAGAGGAGUUUCAGAUUUUGUCUUUUGUUUGAUGUGAUGAGUUUAAAGAAGCUUAAAAGCUUUGUACAGCUGCAGGGAUGUCUUUAGUGGGUUAAACUUUGCUAUCAAGACAAUUUAACUUGGACUUUAGAUCCAAGAGCAUUAAAUUGUAAAGUUAAGCUUUAUUUCUGACAUUUUUAUACAUUAGGAAAGGAUUUUCUUUUGUUUCUAAAACCAGGUGGUAAACAUGUUUAUAACCUAAAUAAUUCAUGUUUUAACAUUUUCAUGUUUCUUUCAGUGUUAUUCAUUACAACUUUGCUUUUAUUAAUACUCAGUCUUACAUGACUUCAUAGUAUGUCUUUGCCAAUACAUGAUAUCCCAAAAAAGGGAAGCAUGAGCUGUACCAAGUUAACAUUGCUUUAAAGUCUUUACAUUCAGUGGUCUUCAUUUGUAUAUUUUUAAACCUGUUUCUUGGACUGAUGGGUAAAGUACGUUUCUGUCAGUAAUGCUUCCUCCAAUUUAUUUUUGAGUGCAUGACCCAUAGAAGUUUCUGUUUUCCAUCUGGUUUUGUGGCUGUCAGUGCAUAAAAUGCAAAUUAAGAGUUAGGACCUUACGGUUGUUGUGUUUUGAAUUUGUACAGUUGUUGAAGUUUAAAAUUUCAAGGUGCCUGUUACGAAUAAACAACUCUUGUAAUUUUG